AUGAAACCGCGAGACAGCUGGGGUGGUAUCCCAGCCUUAAAAGUGAACGACCACGAAGUCACCGAGAAUGAGGAAAAAGCGCAGGCCUUCCUGGACUCCUUCUUUCCUGAAAUAAACACGCCAGCGGCCGAAAUGUCAACAGCGGCAACGGUGGAACUCCCGUGGCAGCCGAUCACGGAACUGGAGGUUCAAAGAUCUCUUCAGACUGCCAAAGGAGCCACCGCGCCCGGAGAAGACAACCUACCAAUAGUGGUAUGGAAACGGCUAUAG